AUGGCGGCGGCGUACGUGGCGACCGUGGCCUCCCCAUCAUCCCCCGCCUCCAGGCGGCGGCUGCUCCCCCUCCCCUCCUCCGCCGCGCCGUCUCUCCUCCGGCUCCCUCCGAGGCCGGCCAGGCGGCUCCGGCGCGCCCUGCGGGUGCGGGUCGCCGCGGCGGGGGACGAGGCUGACGUGCUGCCUGGCCCGGGGGCCGAGGGGGAGGCGGCGGUGCCUGGGAGGCUGGAGGAGCAGCGGGACGAGCCGCCGCUCGGGGGAAGCCAGCUCGACAUCGGAGGGCUCGCCUUCCAGGGCGACGUCGGCGGGGGAUUCACCGGCGGCGGAUCGGGCUCCGGGUCCGGGGCCUCCGGCGGUGGCGACGGCAACAAGAUGCUGGACCGGGGCAUCAACACGGCCAUCGUGCUCGCGGCCAGCACCUACGCGCUCACCAAGCUGCUCACCGUCGACCAGGACUACUGGCAUGGGUGGACGAUCUUCGAGAUCCUGCGCUAUAUGCCGGAGCACAACUGGUCCGCGUACGAGGAGGCCCUCAAAGCCAACCCGGUUCUAGCCAAGAUGAUGAUCAGUGGUGUCGUCUACUCCCUUGGUGACUGGAUUGCACAGUGCUACGAAGGCAAGCCGAUAUUUGAUUUCGACCGUGCUCGGAUGUUCCGGUCUGGCCUUGUUGGGUUCACGCUUCAUGGGUCACUUUCACAUUACUACUACCAUAUCUGUGAGGCACUGUUCCCAUUCAAGGAUUGGUGGGUUGUCCCUGCAAAGGUUGCAUUCGAUCAGACCAUCUGGUCUGCAAUCUGGAACAGUAUCUACUUCGUGGUCUUGGGUUUCCUUCGGUUGGAAUCACCUACCACUAUCUACAGCGAGCUCAAGUCCACGUUCUGGCCUAUGCUUACCGCUGGAUGGAAGUUGUGGCCUUUUGCGCACUUAAUUACAUAUGGUGUGGUUCCUGUUGAGCAAAGACUUCUAUGGGUCGACUGUGUGGAGCUUGUCUGGGUCACAAUACUGUCAACUUAUUCAAACGAAAAGUCAGAAGCAAGGAAUUCUGAUGGUACCUCCACACCAGCUGCUUCAAAGGACAACUCCAGAUAG